AUGAACCAGGAAAUGCGAACACUUGCAGACAGAUUUGUCGAGCUUGAGCUGGACAACAUGCGAGCAAGGUCGCGGCAGGUCCAGUUGCACGAAAAUAAGCCCUGGUCAUCUCUCGGAGGAGGUAUUCACGUUUCCCACGAGCUCGGCGGGUACUUUUUCUUGCCUAACGACGUCUCGACCCCGUUACCUGAUGAAAGAAAGCAUUAUGAGGGUUCCCUAAACGCACGACACAACAAUCUGCAAUCAUCGAUUCAAUCAUUGUCAGACCACCAGCUUUUGGCCCUUCACGAUUUCCUGGAUCAGGAGAUUGACAAUGACGCGUCUGAGGACGAGCUUCCGAUUAUAACAAGUGAUUACUUCGAGUUCGUGAACAACAGAAAGCCCAAGGGCCAAGUCCAAUCGAUCCGCAACGGCCUCUGGCUAAAAGAGAAGGUCCGAAAACACACCCACUUGUCGUCCCCAAUCAAGCAUGUUAUCUUGCUGACCUCCGCAAAACAGGCUCAACAUGUUGCACAGAUCAAGCUGUCGACAUUCCAUGCCUCCCCAUUUCUUGCCAGCGAGUGUUUCAGCGUCAUCCUUGUCAACCUUGGUAUUACAGGGAAAGAUGUAUCAGUGUCAGAGAGGUCGAUGUGGCCACAAUGGACUGGCUUCGAUGCCUUUGUGAGACAAGCAGAUGCGAGCUAUACCUCCAUGACAGUUUUGAAGAACCAUGGUUGGACGUCAGCUCAGGAACACUAUCUUGCCAGAAUCAACAAGGUCCUUCAGUCUCAGCCCCCACCGCCGCGCAAGGCUGUGGCUACCUUCUAUCAGACGUGGCUUCGGGAUCUCAAUGCCCAGAAAGACGUUUGGGUGUACAAAAUUGUCGAGCCUAGCCAAGCGAUUAACAGCUCAGAAAGCUAG